AACAGGAGAUGGCACAUUCAUAAGGCCUUUUUUUUUUUUUUUUUUUAAUUUAUAGAUAGGUGUGUGUAUUUAUGUGUAGAGAGAGAGAUGGAUGUAUAAUGCCUCAUGAGAAACCAUCACUGUUUUCCUCGGCGUUCAUCUUACCGCGGAAAUGCCAAGUCAGUGCUCAGAAAACAAAUUCCAACUAAACGUUUUUGUUAUAGUGCUGUUUAUGUUCGUUACAGAGAGAACAGGAACUACUUUUGUCGAUGUUCCACAACGUUAAACGUAAUCAUAAAUGUAUAAAAAGUAUUCCGCGUCGUUCUUUUAUUAAAUCAAAGUUGUUUUAUUUAUUUAUUUUUUUUCUUCUAACAGCACGACGCAAAGUGUUUUCAAUUCAGUGCAAUUUGUUCCGUAUAACACUUUCAACAAUGUUAUCGUCCCAAAGCAGCUUUAAGUAAUCUAUACAUUUCAGAUUUAAAAUUAAUCCCUGACGAGCGAGCCGGGGGCGAGGGGAAAAACUCCCUGAGACGACAUGAGGAGGAAACCUUGAGAGGAAUCGGACUCAAAAGGGAAUGAAUCUACACGAUGAAUCCAAAAGUGAAAACUGUGUAAUCAGGAAAUUCACCACCAGCUCAACGUGAAGUCAUGAACUGUCCACCGAUGGAGACCUGGGUCCUAAACCCGCAACCGCAGUCCGGCGCCAUCUUCAUGGCUUCCGAGUAUGUCCCCUGGGGCCGUCCGCAUCACCAGCCAGUAGCCUCCAACGACGAGACCUCAGUGAUCCUUUAUUCGUACGGUAACGCACGCUGCUGUGAGAAUAUUCUAAUAAGCCCUCUGUAUAUUGUAGUAUCAUUAUUACCAAGGUGCAUCUUUCCUUAAAGAAUAGCUAUGAAGUUUUGUUCGUUUUUUUAAAACACAAAAACGUGGCUCUGGAAACAGAAUCAUCAUGUAAAACGAGGUGUUGUGUGAAGUACCCGUUACCAGUUAGGUCCCUAAACAACUUUGUAUUUCUACUCUGUGCUCUUUCGUCUCGCUCUUUGGUUUCAGAAAUUGCCUCCGGGCCCCUGGUGUGGAUUUAAUGGUCAAUAAUUUGAUGUUUGUCCAGCGGUAAUGAGCCAGCAAGUCUCACUCCUACGCUAAUGACUAGCGUGCUGAGCUAGCGAGUUAGCGAGAAUGCACAAAGCGCCAUCUCUAUUCGUCUCUUGUUGUUCUCUCGCUGUUUAUUGCUCUUUCUCUCUCUCUCUCUUUCUCUCACUGUUUAUUGGGGGAUUAAAAACAUUUAGCAGUUAGCAUAACAUUCGAACGGUUGAAGGUCACUGGCUUGCAAUUGCGCUAAUCCGUCCUCUGUGCGGCGAAGCCGUGCUGUAAAGCAGGAUUUUUCUAACCGCUGUCUUUUGGGAUCCUGUGGCAAUGCGGUACUCGCCUGAAACCCGUAUCAUCGGUUAAACACGGCAUCUAAUAGUAAACAAAAAAGGUGCCGUAAGACGUCUGCUGUGAUGAGCCUGCGAGCCUCCCCGCAUGCUUGAGGUAUCUAAGCGACAUUUCCAUUUAGAUUUGUUUUAAUUCGAUUUGAUACAAAUUAGGUAUGAUGCGAUAAAGCAACAAAUCCUAAAGACUGGCUCAUCUCCUCGGCGUAGUGAAGCUAAGACGUCUGGUCUCAUGGUUGUUUCUCUGACUAAUCCCGUCUUUACUUGCCCUGCUGAAGAAAAAAAAAAACCCAAUAGAAAUCCUCAUAGAAUUUGUAAUGCUUUUAAUGCUUAUAAUCCAUCCAUCCAUCUUCUAUAUACCGCUUAUCCUUCAGGGUCACGGGGAACGUGAAGCCUAUCGCAGGGGCCAUGGGGCACAAGGCGGGGUACACCCUGGACGGGGUGCUAAUACAUCGCAGGGCACACUCACAUACACAUUGAUUAGCUACGGGCACUUUGGACACGCCAAUCAGCCUAAAAUGCAUGUAUUUUGACUGGGGGAGGAAACCCCCACAACACGGGGAGAACAUGCAAACUCCAAAUUGAACCCUGAACCCUGGUGGUGUGAGGCGAACGUGCUAACCACUAAGCCACUAUGCACUCUUAAUGGUUAUAAUGGGAAUCGUACUGAUUUUCAUGGAAAUUGUAAUGAUCCCUGUGGGUCUCUACUGGUAAUUUCUUGCCUUCUAUUGGUGGCGUGUUAUGUCUAGUGGAUACUGUUAAGGACCAGUAAUGCUUUUAAUGAUUAGCUGAUGGUUUGUAAUGGUAUUUGUAGUGGAAACUAUUCGGAUUUCUGUAAUGGUUUCUAUUGGGGGUUUUUCUUCAGCAGGGUGGUACUGAUUUUUGGUGGACGGUUUCCUCAAGUCACGGUCGUGUCAUAUUCUUUUUUCUUUUUUUUUUAAAAAUGUUAACGGCUUAGCGUCACUCUGGAGGAGGAGGAUGUUUAGCUGUACCUCAAUGUCUGGCCAUUUCUCCCAGGUCUUCAUGAUGCGGUUUGUUUAGCACAGGAGGUUUUGAAGAAGGGGUACAGGAGUUUAAGACUGGUGAAUAUUUGGUGAGGUGAAGCAGUGUAGCUUGUUUUGAAGGCAUUCCACAAGAUUAAAUGCACAAGAUUAAACAUGUUCUUUAGUCGAUGAAAAAUUUGUCAUUGCUGUGGAAUCUAUAAGAGGAAUAUCAUGCUUCAGGACGUGCUGUUAUUGGAAAAUAAUCCACUUCUUACCGCUUGGUAAGAAUAAUAUAGAGAAGAGCAUCAGCCUGAACGAGAGACAGAGAGAGAAACUGACGAUGCCAAUCACAUCCCUCUGUUGUCUCGGCGGUUAUGUUGGCGCAGCAGGCCCGGGGGUCGCCCCUUCACGUGGCGGAAACAUCUGCUCCAUCGUGCGCCUCUUCUUUCCAACCUGCACCUGUAAUAAGGCGAGCUCUAAUUUGCAUAUUAAAUUGGCAGGAAGUCGAGCGCUCCUCAUAUCAGCGAUUAUAACCGCGACGGUGCUCCGGCUGUAAUUUCACACCUCAGAGAUGCUGGAAUAAUGAACUUUUCCGCCUGGUUGAGUUGUACGUAGCUCUUUGUGCACCUAAAUUGGAACAAAACGGCAACCAAAUGGUCGAGUUAAAAUUUCAUCUCGGUUUGUUUAAUGUUUAUAUCUGAGCACCGAGCGCGUGGUCCAGGAUAACCACGUCACUGACGUGACUUAACGCAGGCACGCACUAAUACGCAAGUCGUUUUCAAAACCUUUUCAGUCAUGUGCAGAGAUGUGCAGGCAUGUUCUCUAGACCAGGAACAGGAGACAUCACAAUAAUCAUCAUCAUCAUCAUAAUAAUUAGAAUAAUAAUAACCAAUUAUCCAAUCAUUAACUUAGCACAUGGAGCGAUUUAGCAUCACCUGUCCACCUCCGAGCAUGCUUUAGGUAAGUGGGAGGAAACCAGAGGACCUGGAGUAAUCCCACACAGACACGUCUAGCAAAGGAUCGAACCUUGGAGCUGUGACGCCACAACAGAUACAUCUUGCAUGCAUUAAUAUAUAAUAGAUACACUCUUUAACAUAGGGUUCUAGAUAGAUCCAUAGAUAAGCAAUGUUGUGAUUUAUUUGUCUAUUGAGUAAUUGAUUAAUUAGCAUUAUAUAUGAUAUAGCAGUUUAUAAAGUUUAAUCGAUAGAUAGAUAGAUAAACAAUGUUUUGAUUUAUUUGGCUAUUGAUUGAUUGGCAUUAUAUGUGAUUACACAUGAUAUAGCCUAGUAGGAUAGAACGUUUAAUAGAUAGAUAGAUAGAUGCAUAGAUAGAUAGAUGAUAAAUGUUUUGAUUAAUUUGUCUACUGAGUAAUUGAUUCAUUUAGUUAAUUUAGAUUAGUUUAGAAAGUUUAAUAGAUAGAUAGACAGAUACAUAGACUUAGUGUUGAAUGUCUGAGAAGAGAUCAUUCCGCGUAAGAGCUCACUUCGCUGCUGUAUCCCUCCGCCGCGCGCUACAGUCCGUGACGCUGAGGCUCAGAGCACAGUAACGGAGCAGCGACGGAGAGACUGCAACACCUCUCUCUCUCUCUCUCUCUCUCUCUCUCUCUCUCUCUCUCUCUCUCUCUCUCCAUCACACCGCCAGCACAACAUCUCUUUCCCCGGGUGUGGAUCUAUCCUAGGGAUCGGGGUGUGCGCGUGGAUGUGAGGCGGUGUCCUCUAGCAGAGGCGACAUGAGCGCGUUCCGGCUCCUGCUGCGGAGUUUCCACUGUGUGGGACUCUACAUCCAACUUAGUGGCCCUUUCUCAUCAUCCGCCCAGGUGGAGAACCGCAUCUCCAGCAACGCGCUCUUCACAGAGAUCCCUCAUGACAUGACGGCGCACAGCGGGCAGGACGUGGAGAUGGCCUGUUCGUUUCGGGGAUCAGGCUCGACUUCUUAUUCUCUGGAGAUCCAGUGGUGGUACAUCAGGAACCACAAAGAGUGGACAGACAAGGAGACGUGGACCACCAACCAGGUGGCGCCUCAAGACGAGAUGUCAAAGGACGCUACGAAAAUCAGCGUGGUGAAAGUGGCCGGCAGCAACAUCUCCCACAAGCUGCGCCUGUCCAGCGUGAAGCCGUCUGAUGAGGGCACGUACGAAUGCCGCGUCAUCGACUUCAGCGACACCCGGCCUCGGCACCACCGCGUGCGCGCCUACCUGCAGGUGGAACGGGACGAAACUGACGCCACAUCUCCACACCACCGGGGGGCAGCGGAGUCUCAAAAACACCAACCAACAUCCCAGCACGGGCACCACAAAGCGGGCAGGGAGCUCAGGAAGAGGGCCGCCGAUGACACCAACACUGACUGCACAGAGAGCUGUGCACUUUAGGGCCUCACACACGCACACACACACACUACGGUCCAACACCCUAAUCUGUUUACCUAUAGCUUUCCUCCCCAGAUCUUAAUACACCGUGUAUAUUAUUGUAUAAAGCAAAAGUAAAUGUUCUUUCAGAUGAGCUGGUGCAUGUCGCGAAAUGUUUCUUACGACGUUCGCUGUUUUCGCUUUGAAACUUGAAAGACAGAAACAGACAGAACAGAUUUUAUUCUGCUUCACCGUUGUUGUUGUUGUUUUGCUUUAAUACAUUCAUUCACAGGACAGCUGGGAGAAAGCGUGCCAUGUCGAAAUAACGACAGACUCCUACAAAUGUCUGCGAAUCUUUCCAAAAGCCUAACUUUGGAUCCGCACACGUCUUAGCGGGUGAAGGUUUCUCGAACGUGGGCGGGAAUUUAUCACCUAUUUCUUAUUAUGAGAUUAUUACUGAUCAAAGAUAAGAUUAUUCAGCUUGUUUUGUAGAUGUUUGGUGAGCAUCAUCUUCUUCUGUUGGCAGACCACCGAUUCAUUCUAGAAAUAAAUGUGUCAAAUUAGCCAAUAGAUCAAGCUUGAAAUCAGUAAAACAUAGCUUCUAGAAAUAGGUUCAAUACUUUUUAUAGAUCUGGUUGAUUGUAAUCGUAUAACAGGAAAUACUGGAUAAAGUUGACGAUAUUUGAGAUAUUUUCACUCGCUAAGAUGUCAGAGAUGAUGGAGAGUCAGCGGAUUGUUUAAAAAAAAAAAAAAAAAGACUGGGUGAUCAGGAUCCUGUAUUACCUGAUGUGUAUCUGUGUCGUGCUCCUCUCUGUAUUCGGAUUUAAACUCGAGGUGGAUGUGGAUUGAACUCAGAAAUAGAAAUGCCAGUGUGGUGUGUGAAUUUUGGCUCUGACAGUUCCUCAACCUCAGCUACAUCACUCCAGGUCCAAACUCAUCUAUACGAAGGAGGGAUUUAUUUUAUUUUAUUUUUUGUGGUUUUUGAUGAUCAUUUCUAGAAAAUUUACUCGGCUCCUAAAAUACAAGCGAACUAGUACCCUAUUUAAACCAGCGUGAACUUGACCAGGCUGUUGCACGUUCAUGUUAAUGUUAAUGAAUGUGCCUUACGUAUUUUUUUGGAACUUCUUUUGUGAUCCCAGUCCUGACGGUCAUCUAUUCUCAACAGAAAAAAAUAGCGUGUGUCAACACCCCCCUCCCCCCCGCCCCCUUAGUAUCUCGUAUUUGUAUUCGUUUAGAAAACAUUGUCAGUUCGAUCCAAAUAACAACAACGCAGCACUUUGGGGACGUAUUGUUUGAUGGAAAAUAAGUCCACAGUGAUGGAGUAGUGUGACGUGCACCAGCGUCGACAGCAUACCUAAUAAAAUGGCAGAGAGUGUAUUUACAUGGCAAAUGAGUUCAUAUCUUAUUAACGCUUAUAAUUCCACUAUUGUCCACUAUUUUUACACUUUUCCACACCAGUCAUUUGACAACUGAAGUAGGCGUGCACUUUUUUGCGAAUGCUUGGGCUGGAAAAUAAAUAAAUAAAUAAAUAAAUAACUUGACUUGAUAUGUGACUUGACGCUGGACCACGCGCACAAACCUUUAUAUUGUGUCGUGUUUUAUUCAGUGUGUAAAUAUGAUGUGGGCCAGAGGGUGCCAAAACUUUCCUUGCUGUCACUUUAUUAGUUGCACUUUUAUCCACAUGACCCCUAUAACCCCUAAUCAUGCACUCAGACGGUAAAUAAAAUAGAGUUUUCAAUUAUUAAAGCGUUUCAGCUAUGGCUCAGACCCUGGGAGCUGACUGGAUGUGGAUGUUCAGGAUAUUGUAAAAUAUUCAGUUUUUCUGUUCUUGGUCAAUGAUUUUAAUGUAUAGCUAUAUAUGAAGCCUUCAUUUCUGGAUUUUUUUUUUUUUUUAAUGCUUUUUGGUUUUGUAAGAGAUAAAUGUAAAAACGUUACAUGUUUGAAUAUCCUCUAAAGUGUUGGUUUCAUCUUAAAUGUAUGCUUUUAUCAAAUAAAAAAAAACAUUAUACACAGA